AUGGCAAAAACAGUAAAGACUCUUCAUUCACAAGACCAAGUUAACAUUAAAGCUCAAUUAUUUGAAAUGAUUAACAACGUAGAGAUGAGGCUUGCGACUACUCCAAUAGAUCGUGUUUCUGACCCUUCGACAUCUGGUUCUAACGUGAGAAUAGUUUCAAAUGUAAUGCUUAGUCCGGCACCGACUGGUUCGAAUUCAAUGUUUCCUCAAUCGGCUUCUUCAAAUACAACGAUGUUUGCUGCACCUGCUAUGAACGAAACUCUUCACAUUCUGCCUCUGGAACCUUCGACAGUGUAUUCUCGGUCAUCUACACCCAACGAAAGGCCAAUGAUGUCUCCACCUGACACUAGCCAAUCCAUUUUAGAAGAUAAAAAUAAUGUGACACUCGGCCAAUAUUUACGUCUUAAAUAA